AUGGUCUUCCUGCGUCCCCUCCUUUCUACGCUCCUCUUGGCCAGUGCUACCCUCGCCCAUCCCCUCACUUCCUGUGCUGCGCUCCCAACCUGCACUCAAACCACCUCGAAUGGCUUUACUCACCCUGGCAUCUACCACUCAUGUACCUCUCUCAACCGCAUCCAAUCUCAGAUCUCCGCCGGCCUCUCCCCUUUCACCGACGCCCUCACCAGUAUAAUUUCCAAGUGCAACUUCCUCAAAUCCUCAACAUGGUCCAUGAGCGGGCCCUACGCAGAGGUCAUCUGGGCCGGGGACGACGGCCACAAUAUCCCUCUCCAGACCGACGGAAAGGUCGCCUACAUUAUGACUUUGGGCUGGUAUGCCCACGGGCAACAGCACCUGGCUCGACAGGGCAUGGCAUACAUGACGGCUGCCGCCGAGAUCCUCCGCGCAUCUCCAGCCUCCGGCUGGACAUCCACAGACACCGCCAACUACCUCGCCAUGUUUGAGCGCAUCCGCGCCCAGCCGUGGACCGACAGCGACGGCCUGUCGGGCGCGGCCUUCUUCAUGAACCAGGGCGCAUACGGAAACUCCGCGGUCAUGGCGCUCGCGGUAUUUGCGGAGGAUGCAGAGCUGUAUAAUACCAUGGUGCACCAGGCCACGGUGGGCGACCACCCGGAUAUCACGCUGGACUAUGCCAUCUCCAUCCAGAUCAGCGCGAAGCCGGACUACUAUGGCCAGGUGACAGAGAUGGGCAGGGACCAGGGACACCCGAUGGGGACGCUGAGGGCCGUGAGCUAUAUGGGCCUCACUGCGCUCAUCCAGGGCAAGAUUAGAGGUGUGCAGACUAACUUCUUCACACACAAUAAUACACGCUUGAUUGCGGGGUGGGAGUACUGGGCUACGUAUAACUGGGGCGAAGACGUGCCCUGGGAGGAAAGAGUGGUCCGUCCUGGAAGCGGAGAGGUGUGGACGGUGGUUAGUGAGACGAGUAGAGGGUCGGACUAUAAUAAUGGCAAGAGCCCUGUUGAGGCAAUCGGGGUCGGCUAUCACCAGUAUUUUAGGAUGGGCUUGGCGAGUAGGAUGCCGAAGUAUAUGGCAUACCUGGAGGGCUUGGGGCUGGGGUUUGAUACUUUUGAGUUUGGGGAUGCGAAGAGUGUGGCGGCGUUGGGACUGUAG